AUGCAUUACUCUCCUGUCGAAAACUUCCGAAACACUUCUAUGUCAAUCCAGCCCCAAUCCCCAGAAGUAAAUUCCACAUUUUUGAGCUCCCUUACAAAUCCUUCAUCGCCUGCAGCAAGAAAUUAUUGGACCGUCCCAUGCACCCCAAAACUUCCUUUACUUGCCUGCUCUAACCAUGAGCUCAAAGAAAAAAUCAAAGCAUUUCGAAAAGAUAAAAAAAGUCCAAAUAAAAGCAAAAUACAUAAAUCCGAAUUAUUUCCUGAAUGACUGUUAGACAGAAAAGAUUUCCAAGACACAAUAAGAAGCUAUGAUGAUAUUAAAAAUUUGGAUGUUUGCUUACUCCUCCCUGUGUGAGCAACCUGCUCAUGAAUUGGAAAAAAAAAUAGGCCAAAAAAAAAUAGGCCAAAAAAAAAUAGGCCAAAAAAAAAAUAGGUGAAAAAAAAUAGGUGAAAAAAAAAUAGGCCAAAAAAAAAAUAGGCCAAAAUAAAAUAGGUGAAAAAAAAAUAGGCCAAAAAAAAAUAGGCCAAAAUAAAAUAGGCCAAAAAAAAAUAGGCCAAAAAAAAAUAGGCCAAAAUAAAAUAGGCCAAAAAAAAAUAGGCCAAAAAAAAAAAAUAGGCCAAAAAAAAAUAGGCCAAAAAAAAAUAGGCCAAAAAAAAUAGGCCAAAAAAAAAAAUAGUCGUUAUGAAAUAAUCGUCGUGUGAAGGAACCAGAUUUUCUAAGACAACCACUUUCAAAGUAGUGAUUUUAUUAUUGCGGGCGAGUUAAUAGCAGAAAAAACAGCAGAUGAAAGAAGUGCAGUUGAAAGAAAUGCUUUGGAAAGUUUUUGUAAAAAAUAUUGGUUUUUUAAUGGAUUGGGAAAAUCAACGAGACUGCAUAUUUGUGAUAGGCUGAGAUCGGAAUAUUAUGAGCCUUCAGAAAAUAUUGUAGUUCAAGGACAGCUAGCUGAAAAACUUUAUUUUAUUGUAAAAGGAACUGUUAUUAUAACUAAAGAAGACACAAAAUCUGUCCUAGGUCCAUUUAAUAAUUUAGGCGAAAAAGAGCUGAUAAGCUCAAAAGAAUACACAUACUCAGUAUCAGCAAACGACUCCAAGGUAUUUUUAUUUGUGUUAAAUAAGCACGAUUACGACUUACUUGUAUUUAAGCCUCGGCUGAAAGUGCUUUACCUAGAAAAAGACCAAAUCCGGCAGAUUCCUUUAUUUUCAAAAUGAAGGGUCAGCAAGCUCGAAAUCUUUUGCAAUUCUUUGCAAUGCCAACAAUUUUCCUUAAACGAAGUCAUAUACACCUAUAAUUCCCCAGCAACGCAUUUUUACAUCAUAAUGAAAGGCGAGGUCAGCUUAGAAAUGCUGAUAACAAUAAAAAAAGUAAAUAGUAUCCCUACAGGAGACAGUCUUAAAGAAACAUUAAUUACCGAAGAAAAAUACAUUAAAAAAGUCAAAAACUUUAAAACCGGCGAAAUAUUUGGGGAAAGAGAAGUCAUCAUUGGAGCCUCACGAGAAGCAAAGGCAAUCUCAAAAAGUGAAAAAUUGAUACUUUAUAUUAUUAGUAAGCAGGAUUUUUUCGAAAUUUUUACAAAGCAGGAGAGGGAUGCAAUUCUUGCCCAGAGUGAUGCCACAUUGACAACGCCUGCAAUUGCAAAAAAACACUAUUCUAUUAUGUUAUAUUUAUAAGGUUAAUUUAGGUAAUUACUAUAUUUUUUUAUAUAAGAUAUAGGCUAAAAAUUAUAAAAAAUGGCAUCAGCUCAGUCCUAUUUUUAUAAAGUACCAAAUUGAUAGCGACCACAAACGAUUUACAGCUUUAUUAGAAGCCUCUGAAAUAAGAAGAAUUAAAUCAGGUAGGGGACUAUUCGAUGAUAGUAUUACGGAAAGGCAUAAUAAAUAUGCUAAAAGCUUAAUAUCACAACACAGAAAAAAUAUCAACAAAUUACUUAUAGGAAAAAAUUUUAAAAUCGCCCAUUCGAGAAGAAAAGUUUUUUAA